UUAGUCAGUGGGAAGGCAGCUGGCUUGGUACACAGCUUGGUACCUAAACUGUAGAGAAGUCAGCAAUCGAGGCUAAGGUUUUGGGCAAAAUGGAAGUUAACUAAGACAGGCUCAAUUUCUCUGUGUGCUUCCAAUUUGUGUUUGUAUGCAAAAGGGGUUUUGGACCGUCUUUCGUUUGGUUCUUUUCCGUUUUGAUCGGGGAAAAGAACCCAACAGCUUAACACAAACAUUGUUCGUUCCUCAGGUUUUUUUUUUCUUUUUAUGCGUCUCUUUUUCAAUGAUGGGAAUCUUCUGGAAAACUUCCCUGCCAUGAAGCUGAGUCUGCCCACUGCUCUAGCCUGGCAGGAUUUGAGCGGGCCACUCUAAACACGAACGUGCCGGCCCAAGCGCUCCCGGGCCCGGGGUCUGUUCUGGCCCCCGCCCCCGAGCGUCUCCCAGCCCGCCUCCGCCCGCGCCUGCGCGCAGCGGCAGCACGGCGGGGCGGGCCCGGGCGGCCGGCGCUGCUCCCCGUGCGCGCCCGGCGGGAAGCGCGGCAGAGAGGCUGGCCUCGGCACCGUGCGUGUUUCCUGCCCAGCAUGGAGGUGUUCCCGUCCCCGCUGGAGUCCGCCAAGUUCAUAGCCGAGCACAGCAAAGAUGUCUUCGUGGACGAAGAGGGAGCGCGGAGGGUGGCGGAGAGCCUGUUCGACAAAGCCUCGGCGGCGGAGUUCGGGCUGGCGGGGUGGAAAAGCCUACACGAGCUGAACCCCCGCGCCGCCGACAAGGAGGCUGUAGACUGGGUGUUCCUGGUGGACACCCUCAACUUCUCCUUCUGGUCCGAGCAGGAGGACCGCAAGUACCUUGUGAAGUACAAGGAUAAAACCUACAGCGGCUACUGGUCGCUGUGCGCCGCCGUCAACAGGGCCCUGGACGACGGAAUACCUAUCACCAGUGCAUCCUAUUUUGCCACCAUGACGCUUGACCAAGUUAGGCAUGUAUUUCGCUCUGACACAGAAGUACCUUUGCCUUUGAUUGAAGAAAGACACCGGGUGCUGAACGAAAGUGGAAUUGUUCUGUUAGAGAAGUUUGGAGGGUCUUUCCUCACCUGUGUUAAAAUGAGUGAGAAGAGUGCUCAGAAACUGCUACAUCUCGUAUUGGAAAAUUUUCCUUCUUACAGAGAUGAAGCUGUAUUUGAGAAAAAGAAGGUGUCUUUCUACAAACGGGCACAAAUACUUGUGGCUGACACAUGGAGUGUUUUAGAAGGCAAAGGAGAUGGCUCUUUUGACGAUAUUUCCAGUCUGACAAUAUUUGCUGACUACAGAAUUCCACAAGUUCUUGUUCACUUAAAAGCAAUGAAGUAUUCUGAAAAAUUAAUGAAGAAACUACGUGAAGGAACACUUUUCCAAUCUGGAGAUAAAGAAGAGGUAGAGAUCCGUGGCUGUUCUAUUUGGUGUUGUGCAUUGAUUUGUAAGCACCUUCAGGAGCUCUACCAGAAGAAGGGUCAGGACAUGCAUGAAAAAAUCAAUGCAGUUUUACUCGAUUAUUAUCUUUGGGAUUAUGCCAGGGAUCAUAGGGCAGAGAUGAAAGAUAUCCCGUUCCACCGAGUACGGUGUAUAUAUUACUAAGUCCAGUCUGAUAGCUCUUGUAUUGCUGCCUUAUCUUUUGAACUGCAGUUUUGCUUUUUAUAUGGUGAUUUGUCAUGCACUAAUUUGGAACUGUUAAAUCAUAUGCUUGUUUUCUAGUGAUGUAGUAACAAUGUGCCUUUCUUUCCCCAUUGUUUUACUACCUUUUUAUUACCUUUCUUUUAAUCUUUUGCUUGCCCUGACUGGAAUUAACAGUGUAAACUUUGCAGGCAACCCAUAUUAAGGUUGGGUUUAUUACUCCUGCUUUGAUCUUUGUAUUGGUGUAUGUGGCUACCUGUGCGCACAGCCAGAUGUGUGUGCAGAUCCUGUGGUGUACCUUGCCCCUCGGCCCCUCCCUGUUCCUGCCUGUCCCCUGUCAUACCUGCAUGCAGGUGGCAGGUGCUUGGCAGAUGCUUUAAUGCUCAGAGAUGGAAAUGUAACCCGUCCAAUCGUCCAAUAAACAGUGCGGUGAUGGACAUGC